UAUAAGGUAGCGCCGAACGGACCAGCCACGUCAGUGAUCGGCUCUCGCUCCGCUCCGCCGCCCGCCAGCUCCGCAGACACAGACAUGCUUCGCUCCGGUAUGCUGACGCUGGCCUGUCUGGCCGUGGCGCACGCGCUACCCUUCGACCCGUUCUCCUUCUUCCCGCCCAGCACCGCGACCGGCACGUCUUCGGGCACCAUCACCUCGGGCGAGACGGUAGGGCAAUCCGGUGCGUCCAGAGUCGAGCAACUGCAGGCUGGGACCGGAGGUCGCACGGAGGGCGGCGGCCUCAACUUCGGCAACGCCUUCGCUACUCAGCAGCGCGAGGCGGGGCUCCUCGGGAAUGCGAACUUUGCUGAUACGGGCGCCACGUCGGUGCAGGAAACCUCCCCAAUUGGCGGCGGCUUCCCCGUUGGCUUCCCCGGCGGCUUCCCCGACGGCUUCCCCGCUUUCAAAAAUCCGUUCGGCACGGCUGAAGGCAAGGCGAACGCCGCUCUCACCACGGGCGAGACCGUCAACAUCGACGGCUCCCGGAGCAAGAUCACCAGUCUGGGCUCCAGCGCCGGCGGCAGUGCUGAGAAUGGCGGCAUAUCCAUAAGCGGAGCCUCUGGCAAGACGUCCAGCACCGAUGGCAUCUUCGGCAGCACCGAUAGUUCGGAGGUCAAAGCUGAAUCGGUGCAGGCAGGCGGGAGGUAGGCCCCCUCCCCUCCCCCCGAUGUGAUAUGCCUGGCGCCGCCUCUGCACGGCCGCCGCGCACCGCUGGCGGCGCUCGUCAGCCGCAGACAGUCGUGCGCAGGCGCGUCAGACCUUUUGUUUCGGCGGACCGGAACAAAGACACUGUCGGAACGCCUCGGACCGGCCGUCCUUGAGGAGGUCACGACCGGGUCCAUGACAGAAACCGUGUCACGCCGUCGCUUGCACGAGCUCUGCGUUUGAGGCGUCCUGUAAAAUUGUGCGACGCAGCAGGGUGUAGCGAAAUAUAAGAGGAAUAAACCUGUGAUGAUUUACCAAACGAUUAUUUGAACUCUGAUGACACACAAGGUAUGCGUGUAUUGAAAUGCAAUGUUCUGAGUGCUGCAGCACCAAGAAAUUACGCACGACAGCAUCCCCACCUCUCCGUUAAUGCAGUGGGUGUCAACAGACCGUUGCAGGCUUGUGAAGGUGAUUGAACAUGUCAAUUUGAUAGCGUCGGCCAGCAGGAUCGCAGAUAAUCCCUCUCGUUAUCAUGAUUUUCCCAAGGAACAAGCGCUGUUGUUGGAAACAAAGGCCUUGAUCGUGCUUCAUGCAGCUGUUGUUGCCACCGAAUUUGCCGAAAAUCAUCUGAAAAUAUGCUAACAUCAUCGUGAAAAAUAUAAUAUCUAUUCGUU